AUGGUCCAUGCAUGCAAAAAACUGAAAAAGGCACUGACCUUCAAGUUCAACUUCACUUUCAGCACCCACUGGACUGUAAAACUCGGCGGGGUUCUCGAGUCCCUGCUCGAUAAUGGAUUCUUGACCAGAGAGCAAAAGCGGUCUCGCGAACCCGCAGGGGCCGUGGUCAUGAGGAGAGUCAUUACCGUGUUAUACCACGACGCAAUCUACGACGGUACGAGUGGAUGGUCGGCCACUUUGAGCAGCAUUGCCGCGCUGCUUCUUCUAUCCUGUCUCGGUGUCAUGGUGGGCGACAUCAUGGGACCUGCACAGGACAAGAGACCUGAUCUCCCAGGCCUGCGCUUUGCCGACGUAGACGUACUCGUCACCAAGAGUGCUGUCCGCACGCGCUUCAAGAUCCGCAGCGGCAAAGGAAUGAAAAUUGACGCAAAUAAGUAUUUCAAUAUCUCCAGGGAAGCGCUGCCAGAGGGACGCGACAAUAACAUGGACCCGUCGACGUAG